AUGACCAACGAGACGAUGUCUGCGAAGGCCUCCGCUUUCUCUAUUGAUGCCAUUAUGACUGCGACACCCACUAGCGCCUCUGUGAAAUCUACGCCGUCUCAACAGAGCCCUGGUGAGUUUCUGUUUCUAUUUAGAAGGCAAUGCGUUAGAAAUUUCAAUUAUAAUAAUUUGCCGUAUAAUUGA